ACUUCCGCCUUUAUUUCCCUCUUCACAAAACCUAAAAACGAAGGGCGACACUCAUGGUAUACAGGGGAUGUGGGAAACUACUGUAAUGCAAGAGCUAAACUUAAAAUCUUAAGAUCAGUUAAAUAAAUUUGAAACCCAGAACUGCUUAGAUCCUUAGUACUGAAAUUUUCCCAAACGAAAAAAGUGAUUUAAUUAAUUAAAACACCUAAUGGUUUCGAGUUUUUAAGAUGUUUUCUGAUCAUUUUCAUAUACUGCCCGUUGUAUGCCAGAUUGCAUUAAAAAAAGGAUUUAUUUUGGCGAAUAGCUUCAAGGGCGAUAAGGAGGAGGAAGUAGCUCCUCUUCACUGGAGGCGGUCCAAAGAGCAUUUCUGUAAACAACACCCGUUCCGGCCGGAAUCUCGAAAGCACAGGGUUAUUGUUCAGAUAAGAUAUAUAGAUACGUAUGUACCUGCCCUUUCGGGCUAAAAAUAAUGCUUAGUCAGGAUGUCUUGGGUGUCUGUUAAAAGAGGUGUAAAUAUAGUCCAACGCUGGAGCCUCCAGGACGGAAAACACCGCUUCCUGAACCAGUUCGGUACUUGCUCGCGGUGGGUUGAAAAUGAUUGGUAUUGAUUUAAUUUGAAACGUUAUCUACGGGACAACCAUUCAACCGAACAAGUAUGAGGGGUCCUGAUCUCCCACAUCGGAGAUAUUCGAUGCCGGAGACGGUGAUGAGGAAGUUCCGGUUGGGCCAGAGUUCAAGCAGUUCCUCCGAGAGCGUCAACAGAAGGAACGGACGCCCGCGGAGGAACGCGACGAGGAGGAAACCGUCCAAGCCGAGCUGCAGAGUCAACAGGUCGUCCCAGACGAGCCCGCAAGUCAAGUGCCAAUCCGACAGCCAGCCCCUCAACGAGCGAGUGUUGGUGGAAAGUUCUCCUUCCUUGUCGAGGCCGAGGGCGAGCUCUUUUCCCGACGUCUCGUCUUCGGACGAAGGGAAGAUUUAUAAAUGUUUGAGGCCCGCAUCGGCGAGCGAUAAGCUCUUCGGGACACCAUCGCCCUCGCAUGUCUCCUGCUAUGGGCCCGCCGGGCAUCGCUGCGGCCUCUGCUCGAACAGUUGGUCCUACACGUCUUCUGACUACACCCUGAGCCAGACGGUGUCGGACAGGACGACUUCGACCCAAGACUCCACAUUGAGCGUUCAAUCUUCAAGCCCGACGACCGUUACGCCCAUUUCCUUCAACUCGGAAAAGGCGAGAAUCCUAGAGAGAAGCAUAUACGCCCCUUCGGGAAACUUAAUAGCCGUCCACACCGAAUGCCUCCUGAUACGGCCUAUCCAGGUCUCGGACGACGCGAACAACUGGCACUUCGGCUUUGCCCAGGACGACGAGGAAAGCAGGCUCGCGCUGAUGCCACAAUCGGUGGGCACCAUCACGGAAGACGAUAUCGGGGCCAUCACCUCAGGGAGAAAAGACAGAAGCACGUCAGUCGGAGAAUGGGACAAGCGAGAACUCAAAGAAAUCCAGUCAAAAAUGGACAAGAGCACGUACAUUGACAGCGCACUAGAAUACGUCUCGGACGUCUCAGAGAACGCUCAACCGCCAAAGUCCAUCUCAAAAAUCGAGUAUUCCAGAGAAAUAGGUGUGAACACUGAUGUUGAAAAUGCAUUUACAAACGUAGGCGUUCAAGUGAGCGAAAAUAAUUUUAACAGGGAUAAAAAAAACGCCAAGCCAGCAAACGGUAAUAUAACACCUGCUGAAGAAAAGCCGAGAAGACUUAGGCAAAUUCACAAACUCGGAAAAAGCUUAGAUAGAAAAGACAAAUGUCACCAGACGGAAAAUAUUCUUAAAUCGAGUAAAUCGUUUCCUCCCUUGGCAGUUUGUUAUCAAAAAGCGGUGAGCAAGAGUCUGGACGCGGAUGUCGCCUGCACCGGAGGCAACUACAAAGACAUGGCAGAGGCGGAAUCCGUGAUAGCCAGAUUUUCCGCCGUGCCGAGGUCAAACUCGAUGAUAGUCAAUACUUCUUCUGUUGACUAUUCCAGCGACAGUGACCUGAGUCUGACCGACAGCCUCGAAGACCAGUUGACGGUAGAGAAUGAAUGGCCGGAGAGCAAGCACGACAACAGGCUGGUCAGAGGUGAGGUCAGUUUAGAGGCUUCGCACAGCAAAAAGAAAUUUCGAAAAGGAGGAGACGCCUACGCUUAUUUUCUGUCCAUCAACGGGGAACAGGACAUGAUCAAAGAGUACCCCAUCCCCGAAUGGCUGUCCGCACGUCUGAAAAGGAGCGAGGAAGAGAUUAAAAAACUAUUCGAAAUCAAACUCAACAAAAGUCAAACUAUUAUAUACAGGAGGAGGAAGAAGACUGUGAAAAGGGUGGAAAAUUACGAAUCGAAUUCGUCCAAUUCCAAAGAGAACCCAAAGAGAAAAUCUGCCAAAUCUGUAAAGUUCGAGUGCAAAGGGAACGAGGAAAGUCAGAGCAACACAAGGAAAGGGACCGACAGAGUGGAACAGACGAGUUCGAACAACAGAGGAGAAAGUAAUAAAACGGUGAUCGUUAAACCGAACAAUCAACCGUGCGAUCGAGACGACAAACCGUCAAAAGAAAACGGCCAAUUAGCUAUAACGAACAAAAACAGCCAAGAUGGUCAAAAUUACGUUCACAUUUCUGAGAUAAUCAAGAUAGAAAUGUCGAACCAGUUAAAAACUGUGAUAACUAAGGAGAAACAGAUCAACCUGAACAACGAAGCUUUUUUAAAAGACGGUAAAAACAUACAAACUUCCGAAGUUAUAAAUAACGAAGACGCCUUCAACAGUCAGAAGAUCAUAAUGAAAUCGAACGUUGGGCAGUUCCAACUGGACGCAGGGUCGACGAACGUCGAAUUUCAGAGCACGAAAACUCGCGAAGAAGAAAAGGACGAGAAACAACAGAAGCAUCUGAAGAAAUUAGAGGUCGUGAAAAAGCAAGAAACUAGAGGAUAUUCUUUUAAACAGUUCAGACCGCUUUUCGAGUCGAAAGCCGACGACAGGACGGUCGCUGAAAUUCUUUUGUCCGCUAUGAACGAAUGCAGUAACCCGGAUGAAGAUGAGAAAGGAUCUAAUACGAAACACGAGUCGAAAUCCGUCUCGACUGCAGAUUCUCCAUUUACGACAGACAGAGGAGAACAAGUUGAGACGACAGAAUCGAAAUCAGUGUCAACAGAAGAUCCUUUUACAGUAGAUGAAGAACUGCAGGUCGGCAAAUCUGUCGAAUCUAAAGCGGUCUUGACUGACGCGUUUUCCGCUGUUAAUGUUCACCAAGAGGCAAUGGAGUCCAAAGCGGUGUCCACUGCAGAUUCACCUUUCACAGUGAACCAGAUGCAGCAGACGGAGGAUGAAGAAUUCGAUGAGAAGAACACAACGGAAAAAUCCUGCAAUACGACCCAUCCCUAUCUCUCAGAGCUAAUCCAAACGACCGAAUCCUAUCUAGAAAGAACUCAAAAUAAAGAAUCUGCAGGUCACAUGGAGACAGAUUCUUCAGAAAACAGUCCCACCCCGGUGUUCGACAACAUCUUGAGGAUGGAUGAAAAAGCGAGCAACACAAACAGUUUUUCCGUGUCAACCCUGGUACAGACAAAAGAGUCUUUUCCGGAGGAUGAAAUAUCGUUUAUCGAGAUGCUCAACAACCAAGAAGACAAAGGGACCGAAACAAUCGACGAGGUAGACAGCAAAAUGGAUAAAUCUUGUAACACCGUGAAUCCUCUGGCAUCUUCUUCCUCACAGACUGAGACGGUCAAUGAAGUCAAGCCAUUUUUGAAUGAUGGCAAGGCAGAAAAAACCGGUCAUAAGGCAAAAAAGGACACUAUUAGGAGGGUGCCUCUGGCUGUGGAGAAAAGUGCUAAAAGUAAAAAAGAAACUAAUCUUUAUUGCAAGAGGACCGGCCAGCUGUUGACAGACGACCCGAACACAACUGACAUUCUAGAAUUGACCAAUCCACGAUGCAGUUGCCACAUCUGCGUUCUGCAUAAAAAACAAAUAUCCGUCGCUGCUGAGAAACAAAAGGAGAACCAAUCGUCCAGUAACAAUUUGAAGACAAAGCUGCAACACAGAAAGCUUACGGAUCAAAAAGAAGACAAAAGACCUCAAAAAGUCUGCGGAAGGGGUAAAAACGGUAAUAAUAAAUUUCUAAGGAAGUUCGAAGCAAUACCUGAAGAGAAGAACAGCUCCAAUGAGUCUGUGAUGGAAGAGCAGAUCAUCCCUCUGGAUCUAGGGAGGGAAUGGCAGAAAUCUAACAAGAGCACGAUGACCAACCAGAGGCAGCUGAAAGAAAUCAAAGAAGAUACCGAGAUGAGGUACUCACCGGAAGAUGAUGCUGUUGAGACGGCCACAAAAAAGCCAGUCCAGGUAGCAGGCAAAAAGUCCAAUCUUGUCAUCGGGAGGUUCAGAGCGAUUCCAGAUGAAGAAGGGAAGAAAGAAUCAGGUAAUCUCGGCGAAGGGCUGGAAGUCAUUCGUCAAUACAAAGGAAGAGCCGCACUUGCAACGACGCAUGUCGAGGAACACGAUGAGCUCAUGACACUCUCCAAAGGAUGGAUCAACUUCUACCUUCUUAAAGACAGUCAGGAAUUCUCAGACAAUGAAGAAGCUCAGAAUUGGCAAAAUGAAGGGAACCAGAUGAUCCCGAAGAUAUCUGCAGGCAGUAAGAUAUCCGAAGAGAGGUUCAAGCAGUAUACCGUGGAGAUACAUGCUACACCAGAGCAUAUGCAGCAGAAAGGAGUCGUUCUACCUGACCUUCCGCAAAGAGAGACCAAAAAGAAGCAGAAAAACAGCAAAAACCCCAGUAAUAUCACAUUACCCGAAAUCCACAGUUCGAGUUCCUCCUCAACACCGGAAAAUGUCGAGAAACUUCAGCACAGUUCAAAAAAAUACCAACAACAGCUUCCCGAAGUGUGUGGCAGGAAAAAGAGACGAGAAUUCAACACAAUGAGAGAGCACGUAACCGCUAUAGAAAAACUGUCGAAGACUGGUGUCGAAAGGGAAUUUGAAAUAGCAGAGAACACACUAUCUACAAAGGCGGUAGAAGUGGCACGGUCUGAACAUUCUGUCAGCUCAAUUACAUCCUCAACGGUAAUUCUUUCUGAGAGUCCUUCGCCUCAACAGCUUCAACUAUCAGAGCGCAAAUCCCACCAUAAGCAUCAGGCUUUUUACAGCCAACCAGCUAACGACAUGGGCACCAGCUGGACAGUGACAGUUGCCGGGUCGAGUGGGACGAAGGACCGGACACCCCCAGAUGUUGAGAUGAAGCUCACAUUCGCCAAAACCAACUCGAGAAACGGCCAAGAAAACACCAGUUCAGAAAGGAGCGUUAUGCAGUACAAUUCACACCAAACAUCCCAAAUCAGCAGAUCUAAGAGGCAAGGAGGAAAGAUGAUUGAACAGUAUGCACACAGUUUAAGAAACGAAAGGCAUUCUCUCCAAUACGUGCCAGAGCUUUCGUUUCAAAAUCUUCAACAGACCAAGAAGGAGAGAACGAGGUUGGAGCCGCCUGACGACAUGGACGGUUUUCUCGACCCGGAAUACGCCUCCCGUUUUGACACAAGGUCAAAAAUGAGCUUGGAAGGCAGCGAUAUCAGCAUCUGCAGUGACCUACAGGUAACUGGGCUCGCCAUUACGCCCGAGUUAAAACCGAGAGUGCCCACGCAGAGUGAACGAGACUUGGUCAGGAGGCAGAGAUACAGAUUCACAAGAUAAUCAGUGCCUUUCAAAAUUUUUCAAAACAGUACAAGCAAUAUGAAAACUUGUACUGCAAAUUUGUAAAAUAACAAUUAAUCUAAUAAUUUAACAUAUAUACAUAAAUAUAUUUUUGUACUGUUAAUUAAUUUUUGUAUUAUUGAAACUUAGGUUAGACAAUUAAAAAAAUUAAA